UUUUUGAUAAUAAACAUCAAUGGAAAAUCGGAACAUUUGAUUGUAAUAGCCAAAUCAGAGUCAUACGCAUAUUUCUUUUCUUGGUUUUACUCGAUUCGUUUUUGUUCAUUCUUUUGUUCUUUUCUAUUCACAUACAUUUAUUUUUCAUCACUGUUCUUUUCCAUCCAUACAUUAACCGAAAAAAAUGUAUCGAACAACAAAAGUGUCAAGUAAAAUCAUCGGUCAAUCAUUGUCUAAUGUAAGACGUAAUUUCUCAUCAAAUCAACGAACAUCCGCAUUGAAUGAGGUGGUUAUUGUUGAUGCUGUACGAACACCGAUCGGCAGUUUUCAAAGCAGUUUAUCUAGUCUAUCUGCAACACAAUUGGGUGGUGUUGCAAUCAAAGGACUUUUAGAUCGAACCGGCAUCGCAGCCGAUAAAGUCAAUGAAGUUUAUAUGGGAAAUGUGUGUUCAGCCGGUUUGGGACAAGCUCCAGCUCGACAAUCGGCCAUUUUUGGUGGUUUGCCGGAAAAAACAAUUUGUACAACGGUGCACAAAGUUUGUGCAUCAGGAUUAAAAGCAGUCACAUUAGGCACACAAACAUUGAUGCUUGGCCGUCAGAGUGUGAUUGUAGCUGGUGGAAUGGAAUCAAUGUCAAAUGUACCAUAUUAUAUGAAGCGAGGAGCAACACCUUAUGGUGGCAUUAAUCUAACCGAUGGAAUCGUUUUCGAUGGUCUAACGGAUGUGUAUAAUAAAUUUCACAUGGGAAAUUGCGCCGAAAAUACGGCCAAAAAAUACAACAUUUCGCGCAAAGAACAAGAUACAUACGCAAUCAAUAGUUAUAAACGUAGCGCUGAUGCAUGGGCAAAGAAUUUAUUCAAAGAUGAAAUUGUUCCGGUCACAAUAAAGCCAAAACGUGGGCCAGAGGUUGUUGUAAGCGAAGAUGAAGAGUACAAACGUGUUGAUUUCAAUCGUUUUGAAAAAUUGGCAACUGUAUUUCAACGUGAAAAUGGAACGGUAACAGCGGGUAAUGCAAGCACACUGAAUGAUGGCGCAUCGGCCAUAUUGUUGGCAACAGCCGAUGAGGCAAAUCGCCUGAAUCUUAAACCAUUGGCACGCAUAGUUGAUUUCGAAGAUGCUGAAACGGCACCCAUUGAUUUUCCGAUUGCACCAUCAUUGGCUGUUCGGCCAUUACUUGAACGUAACAGUUUGACCAAAGACGAUAUUGCAUUAUGGGAAUUCAAUGAGGCUUUUGCUGUUGUCAUUUGUGCAAAUGGAAAAAUCCUUGACAUUGGAAUGGAUCGUGUUAAUGUUCGUGGUGGUGCGAUUUCGCUUGGUCAUCCAAUUGGUUGCAGUGGUGCUCGAAUUCUGACCACAUUGGUGCAUGCAUUGAAAUCCAACGAGUAUGGUGUGGCUGGAAUUUGCAAUGGCGGUGGCGGUGCGACAAACGUUUUAGUCCAAAAAUUAUCUGACGAUGAUAUUAAUGCUCAAAGUAAUGCAAUACAAAGACAAAAACCAAUAUUAACGCUGUAUACAAAAAAUCCAUGUCCAUUGUGUGAUGAACUUGUUGAAGAGUUAACGCCAUUUAUGGAUCGUCUGCGCUUAGAAAAGGUGGAUAUUACAAAGCCAGAAAAUCGACAGUAUUUCAAACAAUAUCGUUACGAUAUUCCCGUUUUGCAUAUCAACGGCGAAUUUUUAUGUAUGCAUCGAUUGGAUGCCGGUCUCUUAGAUGCUAAAUUAAAUGAAUUACAAAAAUCAAGCGCAUAAUUUUUUUGAUAGUAAUAAAUUGAAAUAUAAUUGAAGUAUUCAUUCAUACAA